CCCUCCGCGGCGAAAGGCGGCUUGAGUCCCGGCGGCUGCAUGGGUAUAUAAAGCGGGCGCCGCGGAGGCGCUGCCUUUUCAGUUGAGGACAGAACGCAAGUGGGGGCUGGAGACCGGAACAUGUCAGGUGGUUCCACGGAUUAUAGCAGAGACCAUGGCGGCCCAGAGGGAAUGGACCCUGAUGGUAUCAUUGAGAGCAAUUGGAAUGAAAUUGUUGACAAUUUUGAUGAUAUGAAUUUAAAAGAAUCCCUUCUCAGGGGUAUUUAUGCUUAUGGUUUUGAGAAGCCUUCAGCAAUUCAACAGAGAGCUAUUAUUCCAUGUAUCAAAGGGUAUGAUGUGAUUGCUCAAGCUCAGUCAGGUACUGGCAAGACAGCCACAUUUGCUAUUUCCAUCCUGCAGCAAUUGGAGAUUGAUCUCAAGGAGACCCAAGCACUAGUAUUGGCCCCUACCAGAGAACUGGCUCAACAGAUACAAAAGGUAAUUUUGGCUCUUGGAGACUAUAUGGGUGCAACUUGCCAUGCUUGUAUUGGUGGCACGAAUGUUCGUAAUGAGAUGCAGAAGCUUCAGGCUGAGGCUCCACACAUUGUGGUUGGAACUCCAGGUCGGGUGUUUGAUAUGUUAAACAGACGAUAUCUUUCACCUAAAUGGAUCAAGAUGUUUGUUUUGGAUGAAGCAGAUGAAAUGUUGAGCCGUGGAUUUAAAGAUCAAAUUUAUGAAAUUUUUCAAAAGUUAAGCACAAAUAUUCAGGUUGUAUUGCUGUCAGCCACAAUGCCAAUGGAUGUGUUGGAAGUGACCAAAAAGUUCAUGAGAGAUCCUAUACGUAUUCUGGUGAAGAAAGAAGAAUUGACCCUUGAGGGUAUCAAACAAUUCUAUAUUAAUGUUGAAAGAGAGGAAUGGAAGCUGGAUACUCUCUGUGACUUGUAUGAGACACUGACCAUUACACAGGCUGUUAUUUUCCUGAAUACAAGGAGAAAAGUGGAUUGGCUUACAGAGAAAAUGCAUGCGAGAGACUUCACGGUUUCUGCUCUGCAUGGUGACAUGGACCAGAAGGAACGAGAUGUUAUCAUGAGGGAGUUUAGAUCAGGAUCAAGCCGUGUCUUGAUCACUACCGAUUUGUUGGCUCGUGGCAUUGAUGUGCAACAAGUUUCGUUGGUUAUAAAUUACGACCUGCCGACCAAUCGUGAAAACUACAUUCACAGAAUUGGACGAGGUGGUCGUUUUGGCAGGAAAGGUGUGGCUAUAAACUUUGUUACCGAAGAGGACAAAAGAAUUCUUCGGGAUAUUGAGACUUUCUACAAUACUACAGUGGAGGAGAUGCCUAUGAAUGUGGCUGAUCUCAUUUAAUCCCUGGGAUGAGAGAUGUUUUUGAAUGCAGUGCUCGCUGUUGCUGAAUAGGCGAUUCACAACGUGCAUUGUGCUUCUUUCUUUGGGGAUAUACUGAAUCUUGUCUCAAUGCUCAUAACGGAUCCGAAAUACAGAUUUUUUUUUUUUAUCAGCGAAGCGACAUUUUGUCGUGAGCUCUUGUGGUGAAAGCCACUGGCUUUAUCCACUUUAGGGUUAGACUGUUGGGGUUGGGUGGAAAGUCAUGGGGUCUGUACAUUUUUUCUUUCUUAGAAAUUUAUUUCCUAGUUCAGUAGAAGUGGUUGUAUUAGAUGUUCUUUAUCAUUUGAUAAUUUACUUAUGGACUAAAAGAUAUAAGUGCUGUAUAAAGUCAGCCAAUUAUGUUAAACUAGCAUACCUUCCUUUAUUGUAUGUUUUUUAUUUCUACUUUAGAUUGAAUUGGAAAGGCCUUUAAAAAUAUAUAAACUUUUUAUAUAGAGUAUUCAAAUUCA